CAAAUAUUUAGAACAAACCAAAUGCUUAUGCAUGUAUUAUGUUUGAAGAGUUUAAUUCUAGUGUUAUGACUUUGGUCCAGUUGGACUGGACUGAAACCCAAACCAGCAUGAGUUUUGACAUGAAUGUUCUGCAUUGUUAUUGUGUAGGAUGAAAGUCGGGUGAGGAAGGGAGAGUGGAAGGAGGUGCCAUCAUGUUUUUUUAGGGCAGUUGACAAAAUGUACUAGGUUCUAGUCCCUAUUAUGGAUCGGCUAAGUGUAAUAGAAGAGAGCGACUAGACCAUGGGUCUUGUGGGCUGACUUUUGCACAUUUGAUUUUAUUUUUUUUUCCAAAAAAAGCUACAGAUGUGGAAAGAAAUUACAGUCAAUACUGCAGCUGCAAGUCUUUCGCGGUAUAUCUCUACCAGCUUUGCACAUGUUAGCCAGAACUUGCCCUUUCCUCUUUACAUAAUAGACAAUUUAGGUCUUUUUAACAGAGCCAUUCUAACACACGAAUAUGAAUUUAUCUAAACCCUUUCAUUAUAGCUCUGCCUGGAGAAAAUAUUCUAAGGUCUUUUGUAGCCUCUGUCAGGUUCUCUUCCCUGUAUUUAGCUCCAUCCAUCUUUCCACCAACUCUAGCCAGCUUCCUUGUUCUUGUUGAAGAAAAGAUCUCCCACAGCAUGAUGCUGCCAUCGUAAGGUGUGAUUAUUGGUGUGUUCAGGGUGAUGUUCAAUGACCAGAACACGUUUUUCUACACGUUUAUCUCUACUUGGCUUGUAUCAAACUGCAAAUUGGACACAUUUUAUAAAGACCAAAUUAGUGGAGUGCAAGACCAAUAGCUGUCCUAUUACCAAAUUCUCCCACCUGAGCCUUGGAUCUCUGCAGCUCUCCUAGAUCUGCCAUUUGUGUGAUUCAUGCUCUUCUUGCUCAGGCGGUGAGGAUGUGAUGUUCAGGGUGAUGUGCAGUAUUAGUUUCCAGGCACACAUAAAAAAAACAACAACUUUGGUCUCAACUGCUUGGCCUGUCUGCCUACGUGGAUGGAUGGGUAUGUCUUUGGAGAUUUCCAGUAUUCUUUCCCUUUUUGGAUGAUGGAUGAAUGUCCAACAAAGGACGGCUCACUUUUCAGAUUUUUUAAAGAAAUUCUUAUAAAAAAAACUGCAUUGAAAUGUAUAGCUCUGCUGUCACAAAUUGCGAAAUAGGUGCCAUAGUGUUUCUGACAGAGACAGUGAAGGUGAUCACUAACACACGCUGCUCACAUAUGGUCCUUGUUUUGAGGAAAUCCCUCUCCAUCCUCCCCCGUCCUCACUGAUCCAAGCAUCGGUGACUCAACAGCAGCGGAGAAUCUUGUGCACAUUCAUUCCACCCAUUAUGAGUCACUGCUGAAAUCUCUUCUUCCUAGAGGGCCCCAUUGCCCUUUACAGCCAGCAUUAGUCACACCAGCCAGGGUCGCCAUGGAGACCCAAAACACUACAGCUAACACAACAAACAUUCUAAAGAGCUGCUAUAUCUAAACAGGAGACAACACUUGCUUCCAUAGAGACUGAGGAUAAUCAGCAUUUAAUUGUGCAUGUCAUAUGUGGUGUGACACAUUAAUGCAAAAACUUAUUGAUCCUCUAGAUUUCCUAUUUGUAUGAGAAACCUGUUUUAAGACACUUUUUACAACUGUUUUCUGGCAUGUCUUAACCCUUAAAGUUUCUCAUUAUGAAGAGUGUGGUUGUUAUCACAGCCUGGAUUUUUGCCCAUUGCUCCUGUAAGACUCUCAUAAUUUGCUUUGACGCAUCUGAACAGCAUAUGCAUGUUUGCACGUGUUGCUGCAGAGUUGGAGCUUUCCACAGUUAAGUCAGCAUGUGAUGAUUAUUACUUUUAGUCAUGCAUUACUAUUCUAUUAAUUUUCUAUUUUAUCCUGUUGUGUAAUAGAUACAGUAUUCUCUAUGCAAACAGGCAAUCAGUCACUGGGGUAACAGUUUGUUGGUUAAAGGACAAGCAGGACUGACUGACAGACUGAGCUACUUUCGGUCAUUGACCAAUAGUUACUUCUCUCUCUUCUUAAUCCCAGUGAUGUUCGUUUUCAGGUCAUGCCCCCUAGUGGCAGAGAUUGUAAGUGUCUCUUUAAUAGUCUUGUCUGUGUUUCUUCUCAGUGUAGCCAAUCAUUUCCUCUCUGUCAGAGAGCCGUUGACGUUGAAGCCAGGCUGUUAAAUAGGAGGAAAGGGGAACUGCAGGGCUUCACAGGAAAGCUGUGAUCAGUGAUUCUGUCAUGUGUUGGUGCUGAUAUCACUGUAUCCUGUCUGCCGUUAAUGAGACAUCAAAAUGGGGCUGAUUCCGGAUAUGGCUCUGAGUCCAGUUUGCGAAGGCAUGGCUCUAUGCUUUCGCUCACGUCAGCCACUAGUGGCUACUCUGCCACCUCCACGUCGUCCUUCAAGGGUCAUAGUCUACGAGAGAAGCUGGCUGAGAUGGAGACCUUCCGAGACAUCUUGUGCAGGCAGGUGGACACGCUUCAGAAGUACUUUGACAGCUGUGCCGACGUGUCCAAGGAUGAGCUGCAGAGAGAUAAAAUUGUGGAGGACGAUGAAGACGACUUUCCUAACACCCGCACAGAUGGAGAGUUUCUACACAAUAAUGGUAGCAAAGAAAAAUUGUUCCAGUUCUUGAAUCCAAAAGGAAUCAAUGGAAUAGACUUUAAAGGAGAGGCCAUCACAUUCAAGGCCACCACAGCUGGGAUCUUGGCCACUCUGUCUCACUGUAUUGACCUGAUGGUAAAAAGAGAGGAAAGCUGGCAGAAGAGACUGGACAAGGAAAUGGAAAAGAGACGAAGAAUAGAGGAAAGCUACAAAUCAGCCCUUAAUGACUUGAAGAAAAAGUCUCAUUUUGGAGGUCCAGAUUAUGAGGAAGGUCCCAACAGUCUAAUCAACGAGGAUGAAUUCUUUGAUGCGGUGGAAGCUGCUCUCGACAGACAGGAUAAAAUCGAAGAACAGUCUCAGGCAGAGAAGACGAGGAUAGAGCGAUCCAGCCCUCCUCCCCCUGGAGACAUCUACUCCACCGCUGGCACACACAGAUUCUCUGUUAAGGUGGAGGAGAUGGUGCAGAAUCACAUGACCUACUCGCUGCAGGAUGUUGGUGGAGAUGCCAAUUGGCAGCUGGUUGUAGAAGAGGGGGAGAUGAAGGUUUAUAGGAGAGAGGUGGAGGAAAAUGGGAUUGUAUUGGACCCUUUGAAGGCCACCCACUCAGUGAAGGGGGUCACGGGUCAUGAAGUCUGCCACUACUUUUGGGACACGGUGUACCGCAACGACUGGGAAACUACUAUUGAAAACUUCAAUGUUGUGGAGAGACUUUCAGACAACGCAGCAAUAAUCUACCAAGCACACAAACGGGUGUGGCCUGCAUCUCAGAGGGAUGUGCUGUACCUUUCUGCCAUGAGGAAGAUUUUGGCCAACAAUGAGAACGACCCCGACACCUGGCUGGUCUGUAACUUCUCUGUGGAUCACGAUGACGCUCAGCCAAGCAGCAGAUGUGUUCGUGCCAAGAUCAACAUCGCCAUGAUCUGUCAGACCCUGGUCAGUCCACCAGAGGGAGACAAAGAGAUCAGCAGGGACAACAUCUUGUGUAAAAUCACCUACGUUGCCAAUGUGAAUCCAGGGGGCUGGGCUCCUGCUUCCGUGCUCAGGGCCAUCGCUAAGAGGGAGUACCCCAAGUUCCUGAAGCGCUUCACCUCCUAUGUGCAAGAAAAAACUGCUAGCAAGCCCAUUUUAUUCUGAGACUCUCAGGAUUGACACAUAAGGCCAGAACUGCACCAGAAGGUUUUGAGGGGCACUCUCAUCUGCAAAACAACAUCCCUCCAAUAAAACAGAUUCUUUUUUCGUUUUUCUGCCCGCUUGUUGCUAAAAAAGUAGGCGGUGUUCAUGUAAAACCAAGUCACACAUGGUUAGAUGUUAAAAAGAGCAGUAAAAUACCCAAAUAUCAGCAUUUACGUUCCAGAAGGGCAUCUUUCAUGUUUUUGGGAGGUUUGGGUUACUUCUCCACAUCGUUCUACACCUCAGAAGAACACCACCAGUCCCUGAGAGCUUUAAAAAGGAUGUUCAUGGAAAAGAAUAUUUUCAAGUGGACUAAAAAAUACAUAAUUAUUGAAACAUGAAAUCAUUAUAUGUCAACAUAUAUUACCCUCCAUCAGGGGUUAAAGGGGUAAGGGUCUCUGCAGCCGCUACCUUUACAGGUUUUUCCUCCAUUUUUUUAGGACAGAUAUAUUUAAAUGAAUGGACAGUCUGAAAGAAGUUUGUAAAAAAAAUAAUUACAGAAAAUUUGAGCUUUUAGACCGAAAUAAGUAACUAUUUUUGUGUGGAUAGUUUCAUAUUUUUCCGUUGAGCUUUCUUCAAGGCUGCCCUCCCUUUGCAGUAAAGCAACUGAAAUGAUUUGAGAUGAUUUCCAUCUCCUGCGUGUAACCUCCAGAGGGCUGUCCGUUACACACAAGCCCUAUGAUAGAAGCUUCAGUUUCUCUGAUGAAACCACCAGCAUGCCGGUGCUUGAAGGAGGAACGAGAUUAUCAAGAUGUCUGUACAUUUACGUGUGAAUACUGUUUCGUUCUGCUUUUGCUCUUCAUGGCACUGCCUGUACUUUGAAUGUUGCAUUAAUUGGAAAUAGUUUUCAUGAAGAUUUCUGCUGACGGUUUGCAAAGCUUUGACUUGAGCUCAGAUGCCUUAGUGUUAAAGGGACAUGUAGAUUCAGGUGAGGUAAAUGUUGCUGUUAGCGAAGUGCCUCUUGGCUUCGUCUCGUCAUCCAACUGUAAUUUGGUCGUGUUUUUACUGAACAAAUGAGCCCACUGAGGUUUUUUUAUUUUUCACAGAUUGAUGCAUAUUCCAAGUUCUAGCGUUAAGGUGUCUGUGUCACAGUAUUUCUGGGAUUUGUUACACGAAGGUCUGACACCUGCAGUACCAAAACCGUUUGAAUAGUUUUGAAAACGUUGUUCUGCAGUUUUUCUCCCAGUAGCAACCUUCUUCAUAUGGAAGAAUAUCGAUCUCUGUAACAUGAAGGCAGAGUUAUAGAUCAUUUUCAAAUUACAGACUCUAACCACCACCUUUCUUAAGUUUCUUUGUAAUGCAUUAGUUCCGUUUCCUUUUCAUUGGUUCUGCUACCUUCUCAAAGGUUUUUAGAGCUUCAUCGGCCGUUUAUUCUUCAGCUUUUGAAUUCAGACGUUCCUGCUGAAAAACACGAUUGAGAAUUCUCUUGGCCUUGCUGCUCAUUAAAAAAUGCCAGGCUUAGGCUCCUUUGUCUAAAAGCAAACAUGUCUUUGUAUAAUUUUAGUUUUCUGUGUUUUGUUCAAACUGGAUGUACCUGUUCAUACUAACGCUUUGGGAUCGACCUGUAAAUGUACCGUGAUGUGGCAUCUCUUCUGCCCUGUUUUGAAAGUGAAAUAAAAUAGCUUAUCCUCUA